AGGAUAAUGGUAUUUUCAAAAGGACUGUAAAACGUCUUUAAGUAGUUUUAGGCCCCAAGACUCGUGCUCUUCGGGGUCGCUAGUGUGUGCCGAAUAAUGUCAACAUUCCAUGUUCAAAAGUUCAAGCCGAUAAUAACAGCCAUAGAUUGAUUGGGGCUUGAAUUUUUUGUAGCAUUUUCGUUGGGUGCCAACCUGAUAUGAAAACUUAGAUCCAGAUUGUUGGACGCUGAAUCAGAGCACAAGCCACAAGCAUCACAAGCAGUAUGGCGCAGUACAAGGGGGCAGCAAGUGAAGCGGGACGGGCCAUGCAGAUCAUGAAGAGAAGGGAGAAAGAGCUGGAGGAGAUGGAGCAGAAGAAAAGAAAGCUUGAGGAAUCGCUGAAAAUCAAUAAGAUAGAGAACAAGUUUGCCGUCCAUUAUGAUGCCGUAGAGCAGCAGCUGAAGAGCUCAACAAUUGGUUUAGUAACUCUGAAUGAGAUGAAAGCCAAGCAGGAAGAUGUUGUGAAGGAGAGGGAGAAGGAGCUUGCACGGAAACAAAAGGAACAAGAAAAAUUGAUGAAGAAGGAAAUAGAAGCAAAACAGGCAAAGAAAAAAGAACAAAGAGAUAAGAUUGCAAAGCUCAGUUUUUGUCCAGAUGAUGAAGAGGAGGGAGAUGAGGAAGAGGAGGAAAAAGUUGUGGUGUGUAAGACGAGUGAGAACAAGGAAUUCCGCAUGGCUAAGAACCCAGAUGUGGAUACAAGCUUCCUGCCAGACAGGGAAAGGGAGGAUGCUGAGAAUAGAUUAAGAGAAGAACUAAGACAGGAAUGGGUAGGUAAACAAGAGGCUAUGAAGAAUGAGGAAAUAGAGAUCACCUUCAGCUACUGGGAUGGGUCAGGUCAUAGACGAUCAGUUCGUAUGAAGAAAGGGAACAGCGUGUAUCAGUUUUUACAAAGAGGUCUGGAAAUCUUGCGGAAGGAGUUCAAUGAGCUACGUACUGUCUCAGCUGACCACCUUAUGUACAUAAAAGAAGAUCUGAUUAUACCUCAUCACUACACAUUUUAUGAUUUCAUUGUUAAUAAAGCCAGAGGUAAGAGUGGACCUUUGUUCCAUUUUGAUGUCCGUGAUGAUAUCAGACUGGUGAGUGAUGCUUCUGUGGAGAAGGAAGAAUCCCAUGCAGGAAAGGUGGUGAUGCGAAGCUGGUAUGAACGCAACAAGCAUAUCUUCCCUGCAAGUAGGUGGGAACCUUAUGACCCACAGAAGAAUUAUGAAAAGUAUACCAUAAAGGACAAGAACAAGAAGAAGUAAAGGAAUAUUGCCAGACCUUCCAUAGUACAAAUCCUGCUCCUCUUCAAAAACUGCCAGGGAUACAGUACAGGGUAAAGACAUCUUAAGAUACGUCCAACAUAGUUAGGACCAGCGCCACUUGUAACCAAUUUAGUUAUUUAGAAAAUUUGGUAGUGUAAGGUUUUGGCCAAUAAGUGGCUCAAGAUUUUCCUAAAUCUUAGCACAUUUAAUGGCAGUGCCAAACAUUUGCUCGAACAUUCAUGCUGUAUUCCACUGUAAGGGAAGAAACAGUAUUGUGACCCAGUUCUGCUUCUGAUAUUUCCUCUUUGUGGUUAUUGUUGUCAUUUACAGUACAAGUUAUACAAAGUAAACAAAAAUCACAAUCACAGUUGUGAUAUAUGAUGGUAAUUUGUUGCAGCCAAUGUCAAACAGAUUUAUGAUUAAAGAAAUAACUGAAAUUUUGUAUAUGUUGCCAAGCAUUACUUUGAAAACGAGCAAGUAGGAGAAUAACAGAAAAGAAGAUUUACCACAGAUGAUAAUGACAAUUUACUUAGUGUGUAAAGGUACUUGCUGGUUACAUAUGAUUUAUGUAUGAAGGAAAUUGUGUGUGUUAAGAUGUCUUUUUUAAAUUGAAUAUAGUGACUUUUAACAUUAUUUCAAUACUGUUCAUUAGUAAUGCUGAGACCAAUAGAAUGAAGAUAUGGUAACUUUAUAAUUUUACUCUUUAUAUGAUUAUUUAUUUUAAUAGUUAUUACUAGCAUCAUCAUCACCAUCAGUGCUUGUAUACAUAUCAUUCAUUAUUGCAGCACUAUUGUAAAUAUCAUCACCUGUACUGUUAAACAUUGUCAUGAUCAAUCAUUACGACUACCUCGUAUUGCUAUUUGUUAAAGGCCUGUAAUUCAUCUUGUGUAUCCAUAGUUAAGUUAUAACUGACCUUAGAAAUGCAUAUUGUAAUAUAUUCUACACUACAUACACUGAAUAGAGUUGUUAUGUAACACCUGGUGGCUGCUAGGUCAGAGUUUAAUCCACAGGGAAAAGUAGUUUAAGGGCUUGAUAUUCAAGUUGCUCUCUGUCAAAAAAAAAGCAGGUAAAACCUUAUCCAGGUUGCUGUUUUUUUCUCCUCAGGAUUGGAAGAUGGCCUUAUUUUUUUGUGAUUUUUUCAUUUAAGGAAUGAAGCUAGAGGUUUGAAGAUUUGGAUUUCAGAUGAAGCUCUUUCCACAUAUCCAGAAUCCAUGAGUACUUACAGUAGCUUAAUCUUUGCAUUAUAUAAUGUGUCCAUGGUUUAACCCCUAAACUACAAGUUGCCCGACAGAGAUAGAUUUACAUUUGCAAGCCAUACCACAAGGUGAAUUUGAUUGUUAUGGUUUGUUCAAUGCUCUUGUUUGCUAAGCAGUCUACGUUGUAUUAUACUUUCUGAGAAGGAGAAGGCUAAUUUGGAGCUUAUUUAAAAGUGCUGCAUAAUUCUCAGUGUCAUACACACUAUUUUAAAGUUUAAUUAAGGCAUUAGCUCUGAGGAUGUGCAUUGUCUGCUAUGCUUUUGUUUUACUAAGUUUUUACUCAUAGAUGGCUUUAUAAACACUUACCCAACAAGGACUCAUUUAGUAGACAACCUGAGCUUUCCUGUUUAUUCCAUUCUGCUGCUGUUAUUAACAUGGUCAUUAUCACGAUCAGUAUUAGUAUUAUAAUUAUUAUAGUUAUGAUUAUGAAUAUUAUAUUAAUGAUGAUAAUCAUUUACUAAAUAAAUAAAUAUCUCUUCAAGAAAUUGAGUGAUUAUAUAAGGACAUGUUGGUCUAGUAACUGACUUCAUGGUGAGUAGGCACUCGUAGAGCCAUCUGUGUGUAAACAAAGUUGAUGAGAGAAAACCGCAGGAAACAGCUUGAACUCCCAUCAUUAAGUGAUUAAGUUAUCAUUGCUGAAAUUAGUCAGCGAGUUGUGAUAUUUUAUGAUGUCAUUGAAAGAAUGGCCAUCCCUCCCAUUCUCAGUGGUUAAAAUUUUCUGCACUUGUUAGAUCAUGAAAUUCAUUAAUAAUUAAAGAGACACAUCUUCUUGAGAACUGGAUUCAGAGAAACAUUGAUGGAUGCAGAGGAUUUAACAUGAAUCAGAUGAAUUUAUUAAAGAUCUGUAGUUUCAUCCAUGACAGGGUCCUUCUGCCACCUGGAAAGCCUGGAAUUCCAGCAUUUUAAUUUUCCCAUUCUGGAAAAGUUUGUAAAACUAAAUUUUCAAAAAGAAAUCCUGGAAAAAAUCAUGAAAAUUUACAUUGGGUGACUCAUGAAAAGCGUCUGUUUCGUGAUACGAAAUGUAAAGAAUUGUUUCAUUUUACACAUAGAGAUUUGAUUAGUUUGUUUUGUCACAGACUUCCAUGGACCAUUAUAAUCACUGUUGCUCUAGUUGUACCGUCUGUUUCAAUAGUUUAGUGCUUGAAGGUAAUUACUGAUGAGAGUUUAUUGCAGAGUAUUGCUUGGAAAAAAGAAUAAAGUUUAUGAAAAAUA